AUGUCUACCAAGUAUCUUGUCCAGCCGUUUUCUGGCAAGGAUGGUGAAGACCUAGAGGAAUUCUGGGCAAAGUUUUUAGUUUUGGCCACUGCCAAGGAAUGGUCCGACGAAGAUGCACGCAUGCAACAUCUACCCUUAUAUUUGCAGGGCGAUGCAUUUCGAGUGUUUUCUCGUAUGGCAGACAGUGACAAAAGCAAACAAGCAGAGGUCAAGAAAGUUUUAGUGAGUGCGUUCAGUGUGACGCCGUCCAGAGCGUAUGAUUUGUUCAAGCGCCGUUGUUUGCGUGUGGAUGAAAGUGUCGACACGUAUGUGGAAGAUUUGCAGCGUUAUGCAGCGCUGUCGGGGCACAAACCGGGUGGUACCGCCAGCAAGGAUCCGAUCUUGAUCGAGCAACUGAUCGCUGGCCUACAGCCCGAAUUUGGCCGCCAGCUGAGAAUGUCACUGGCUGGCCAAGAGCUGACGAUACCUGCGUGUCUAGAGCGUGUGCGUGCGCUCAGAGCCAGUGAGACCGAUGCUCGGUACACGAGCAGGUUCAGCCAGAGCGUUUCUGCUAGUGCCAGUACCAGUAGUUACAGUGGAGGUGUACACCGACCUCGCAGUACUGUUGUCUGCUAUAAUUGUAAUCAGCCUGGGCAUGUCCAGCGUAACUGCCCAGAGUUCAAGAAGAAGCAGAAGCCCCGUUUCAGUGGACCAGUAGUGUGCCACUUUUGUGAUCAGCCUGGUCAUGCAAAGCCAGCGUGCCCUGAGAGAAGGAAGUGGCGAGAAGCCAAGGCAGCAGAACGUGUGGCGGCUGCUGGUACGUCGCAUAGUAGCAGUGACAAGUGCCUGUGCGCGGUGUCCACUGAAGCUGCCCCCUUGCCGAGGAUCUAUGUGGACGUGGAGUCGGCCAAGCCGGAUGACUGGUGCCGUGGAGAGGCCAUGCUGGACACCGGGUCGGCUCGCACGCUAGUGUCGUCUGGCUUUAUACGUGCGGCUAAGAUGUGCAGCCAAGUGUCGGCGGUAAAGCAGGAGAAGCUCCUCGCCCUGGAUGGCGAAGCCCUGCCGAUUUCGGGGUCAAUUUCACUAACGAUUCGUCGUCUGGAUGGACCCGUAAAUUUGCCGCCUACCCGUGUUGUUGCGUUUGUAGUUCCUGAGCUGUCGGUUAUUAAUGCUGACCUGUUGCUGGGAUCUGACCUUGUCCGUGCCAUCGGUGGCGUCAGGUUGCAGUACUCUGAGUCAGGUGAUCUGCGGUCCGUGUUGUUUGGUCCGUCACCCGCCAGUGACCCUGAGCCUGUGUCGUCUGUCGUUAGUGAUGCUCUGCAGUCGCCGGAUCAGCACCCGUCUCGGCAUGUUAGUGUGGUGCAAGACGGUGAGGGUGUGACGCUAUCUGUCGAGGAUGGUCAGAUAAAGUGGCUAGCAGCUGAGCAGUGUUGGCAGGCAGCAUGGAGGUGGAAGGACGACAAGCCACCUACCGGACGCAUCGGCAGCGGCAUUGGGGAGUACCCCCGGAAACUUAGCGAUGAUCAGGAGAAGCUGUUCCAGCAUGAAGUGGACUCCUGGAUCGGUAACGGAUGGCUCAUCGAGCAUGAUGAAGAGGUACACGGAGCUCCUGCUGCAAUUCUACCAUGGCUUGCGGUCAGCCAGGAGCACAAGCCUACUACACCUGUUAGGCCUUGCCUCGACUACCGUGCGCUGAACCGUGCCCUCGUGUCUCAGCCCGGUAUGGAUGCCUCCGUGUGUGGCGAGAAGUUGCGUGAGUGGCGUACGCACGAUGCCAACGAGUAUGAGAUGUUGGAUAUUCGAAAGGCCUAUUUGCAAGUCCGGAUGUCACCUGAGUUGCUGCGGUAUCAGUGUGUGAAAUGGAGGGGAAAGCUGUACGUGAUGACCCGCAUGGCUUUCGGGUUAAGUGUUGCACCGAAGUUCAUGGACGUAAUAGUCAAGUGGUGCACGCGAGAUCAUGAUGGUGUUGACAAUUACGUUGACGAUCUGUACGUCCCGAAACCGCAGACAAAGGCUGUUGCGGAUACCCUCGAGCGCUAUGGCCUGCGUACGAAGCCAGCUGAGCCCGCCAAUUCCGCCCGAGUACUUGGACUUCAGCUGUUCACUGGCCAAGAUGGUCAAACCCGUUGGAAGCGUCGAGACGGAGUGAGUCUCGAGUGUGGCAAGCUGACCAAGCGUGGUGUAUUCUCGUGGUGCGGCCGACUGGUAUCGCACUAUCCCGUGUGCUCGUGGCUGCGACCUGCCUGCAGCUUUCUGAAGCGCCUAGCGUGUCGUGAUGGUGGUGGUUGGGAUGAUGACGUCCCCAAUGAUGUGGUAACCUGUUGUGCCGAACUAGCAAGUCGCGUCCAAGAUGAGGAUCCGGCCACAGGCGUGUGGAAUGCGUCAGUGAACGAGCAGCAGCUCACCGUGUGGUGCGAUGCGUCUGAUGUCGCAUAUGGCAUUGUUGCCGAAGUUGGUGGUGAAGUCAUGGAGGACAAGUCUUGGCUUCGCGAUGCCGACGAGAAGAAGCAUAUCAACAUCGCAGAAUUGGAAGCAGUAAUCCGUGGGUUGUCGACGGCAGUCGAAUGGAACGCCAGCAACAUCCGUCUUGUCACUGAUUCCAAGACCGUGUACGGCUGGGUGAAGUCGUGCCUGAACAAUGAGCGGCGUGUCAAGGUGUCCGGUCUGAACGAAGUGUUAGUUCGCCGACGACUAAACAUCAUCGACGACAUUGUCGCGACCGCGAAGCUGUCCGUCACCAUUGAGUGGGUACUGUCCCAGCAGAACAAGGCUGACAAGCUGACGCGUGUCCCAGAUUUGUUCAUCCGCUGCUGGAAGAAAUCAGCCAAGCCAGAUGUAGUUGCUGCCGUCUCUGCACCCCCGAAGAUUGUGAGUGCUAUUGUGUUACAGGACAUUCUUGAUGCGCAGAAGUCUGAUCCUGUUGUUGUUAGUGUGAUUGAGUCUGUGCGUCAUGGUCGUGAGAUUUCCGACCCGGUAUUUAAGAAAUUGAAGUCUCAGUUGUCUGUAUCUGAUGAUGGUUACUUGUAUCGUAGUGUGAAGGUACCGCCGAAUGAUGUGCGUGUUGUACCAGUUGUGUCUCAGUCAUUGCAGCAGCGAGUGGUGUGUCGUGCCCAUGCUGUGAGCGGUCAUUCCAGUUGGGAGACCACAUGGAAGCUGUUGCGUGCGAGUUGUUAUUUUGCAAAUAUGGCUGUUGUUUGUCAGUCGUUGAUUCAGUCGUGUGAUGUGUGUGCUGCUGCUAAUUCGAAGCGUGGGCCUGUUGCUGAGCCAACACGUCCAGUUAUUCCAUCUGGUCCGUGGAAUGUAGUACAGCUCGAUACCCUGGAGUUGGGCCCGAAUAGAAGCCAUCGGUAUCAUUGUGUUCUUGUCUGUACCGAUAUGUUUACGAAGUGGGUCGAGGUUGUCCCAUUGGUUCGCCAUGAUGGUCCGUCUGUAGCAGCUGCGUUUGUGGAUGUAUGUUCCCGCUGGGGUGCCCCAGCAGUUGUAUGUUGUGACAAUGGAACAGAAUUUGUCAAUCAGGUAGUUUCCUCUUUGUAUGAUGCAUUUGGUGUGGAGGUGCGACAUGGCGCAGUGCGUCAUCCGCAGAGUCAAGGUGGUGUAGAGCGUUUUAACCGGACUUUGCUGACUUUAAUUCGCAAGAUUGUGCACGAAUCCGACGAUUGGGUGUCUGCUUUGAAUGUAUUAUUGUACUAUUAUCGUAUUCGUCCCCACUCUGCGCUUGGUGUUUCCCCAAGUAAAGCCAUGUGUGGCUGGGUUCCUCAUGGCUUGAUUGUGGACGAUGAGCGUUGUGACAUGUCCCCCAGUGCAUGGGUUGAUAGCUUGUGUAGUAAAGCGGCUGUUGUGCGAGACUACGUGGAAAGUGAAUUGUCCUCUGCUGAUUUUGUUCAGCCUGUUGGGUGUAUGAACCCCUACAGUGUUGGUUCCACGGUGAUGUUGCGGCAGGGAGAUCGCCGCCAGAAGCGAACAGCGCCGUACGAGUCUGGAUGGACAGUUGAUAGUGUGGUGUCUCCGUCAACUGUUGUAAUUGUUCGAGACACUAAUGGUCGACAUUCGGUGAAGACUGUCAAUAUUGAUCUAAUUAAGCCGUCAAGUGUGAGUGUGCCUGAGUAUGAUGAUGCAUGUGCUUCAAGUAGUAGUGAUUCUGAUUCUGAUGUACCAGCCCAACCACUUCAAGUUGGUGGUCAUCGUCUUCGCAACCGUGCUGGUCUCGUUCCUCCUGUUCGUUACCGUAGUUAA